AUGCCUCCUCGUAGUAGCACAAAGCGGGUGUACUCAGAGCCCCCUGUGGACCCCGAGAAAUCUGGAAAGAAGCGCAAAGCGAACACCAAUGGUAAAACGACUGCCAAGGAGAGUUCCCCUUCUCCUUCCUCUUCCUCUGAGUUUUCAUCAGACGAAACCAAAAGUGAAAUUCCUGUCGUGCCAGAGAACUAUGUGGACUACAGCAUGUUGGCUCAGGCCGGACAGGCUGAGACGUAUCCACGUCCCCCGAGACAGCAGCGAUGGAAACACGAUGGCGAUGUGCCUAUUACCGAUCCAGCGCUUGUUCCAGAAGGCUGGAACGCCGACGAACUAGAUCUUGAUUUCAACGAUAUCGAUGGUCAAAUUGAGAGAUGUAUGGAGAGGAUCAGUGAUGGAAUCUUGCCCAGCUUCUUCAAGUUCAGACUGUCACAGUAUGAGAAAAGACGAGCUGCUCGCGAUGAAAUGAUCCAUUCUGAACCGGCCGGACUCAGCUGGGACAUUAUCCGACGCUUAGAUCAUUUGAAGAGUAUCGAGACGCAUCUCAAUACGAAUGGGGACCCGGAUGAUCAGCUUCCUAAUGUCAAGGCUAUUACCAAAGCUUACAGGAAAGGCAAGCUGGGGUGGUCGAGAGGGUGGGUCAGCUACUGGUCGAAGGGCGUGCAGCUCAAUACGCCCCAGAAGUUCGACACGGAUUAUCACAAGAAACUGGCUGAGGAGUACGAUACCACUAGAGCGUGGUGGGUGGAAGGUCUUCAAGCUCCAGGCGGUGCCACUCUAGGGGGGUUUCACGCGUUUCCGCCGGCGAACGGUGUUCACUCGAUUGAGUACCCAGUGGAGGUAUGUCCUAAUAGUCAAGAUCCUAGCUGCUAUAGCCUCACCCUGUUGGUAUGCCAUGAUACUGGUGCGGAUAUUAUGGCGAUACCUGAGUACUAUAUAGCCCAGCUGGAGGCGCUAGGUAUGCGUGUUCCAGUUCAUGGCUAUAAUAUCAUGGCAACCGCAAGUGGAACAGCAUGUAACAAGAUUGUGGAGAUUGACGUCCGUCUGAAUGAUGGUGCCGGCCAGACUUUGUCCUAUUGGAUGAGGAUACAGGCCUGUGUCUUAGUAAAUAUGCCGGGGCCGAACGCUGGAAUGCUUCUUUCGGGGCCUUUCUUGCGGUUUGCACUUUACACUGCAACUUGCCCAGAUGGACAGGGAAAUCUCUAUGUUUGCAAUCACAAGAGUGAGCUAAAGCAGUUGCCAGCCAUCCCGCACAACUUUGUGCCGAGGGGACCGCCAUAUAUCAAUACUGCUCCUCCUGCACCAAACGGUGGACCACCAUCCCCUUCUGUACUAGCCCAGACAAACACCAUGACAACAAUGGCAGUGCAGCCAACCCCAUUGCAGCCACCGCAGCCACUGACGAAAGUGAAAGCGAGGAAAGGGAAAAAGAAGGGGAAGAACACAGCAGCCCUUUAG